GGAAAGACUAGGACUUUCUUUAAAAACAACACAAAACUGAAAACCACUGUUGUCCAUGAAAGAUGUAGAGAUCCUAGAGACUGGGAACUGAUCAGUAAGUUCUUCAGAUCAACCUAUUUUCCAAGGGUACAUCAAAAAGGGCAUUAUGGACAUCAAAGCAUAUUUUGAAAGAAUUGGUUAUAAGAACUCUAGGAACAAAUUGGACCUGGAAACAUUAACUGACAUUCUUCAGCACCAGAUCCAGGCCAUUCCCUUUGAGAACCUUAACAUCCAUUGUGGGGAACGCAUGGAAUUGGGCUUGGAGGCCAUUUUUGACCAAGUUGUGAGGAAGAACCGGGGUGGGUGGUGUCUCCAGGUCAAUCACCUUCUGUAUUGGGCUCUGACCACAAUGGGCUUUGAGACCACAAUGCUGGGAGGGUAUGUUUACAGCACUCCAGCUGACAAAUACAGCAGUGCUAUGAUCCACCUCCUGCUGAAGGUGACCGUGGGUGGCAGGAACUACAUAGUUGAUGCUGGGUUUGGACGCUCUUACCAGAUAUGGCAGCCUCUGGAGUUAAUUUCUGGGAAGGAUCAGCCUCAGGUGCCGUGUAUCUUCCGCUUGACAGAAGAGGGAGGAACGUGGUACCUGGACCAAAUCAGAAGAGAGCAGUACGUUCCAAACCAAGAAUUUCUUAAUUCUGAUCUCCUGGAAAAGAAAAAGUACAGAAAGAUCUACUCCUUUACACUUGAACCUCGAACAAUUGAGGAUUUUGAGUCCGUUAAUGAAUACCUUCAGACGUCUGCAGCAUCUGUGUUUACAAGCAAGUCAUUCUGUUCCUUGCAAACCCCAAAUGGGGUUCACUGUUUAGUGGGCUUCACCCUCACCUUUAGAAAAUUCAAUUAUAAGGACAAUAUGGAUCUGGUGGAGUUUAAUACAGUGAAUGAAGAAGAAAUAGAAGAAGAGCUGAAAAAUAUAUUUAAUAUUUCCUUGGAGAGAAAGCUUGUGCCCAAACACGGUGAUAAAUUUUUUACCAUUUAGAAUUAGGAGUAGAAAUGGUCUUCAGUAUUAUUUCAGGUACUGAAACUUCUUACCAUAAAAAUUUCAAAUAAAUGUAAAAGUAGAGAGAAUAAAAUAACAAACCCCUAUUUAUCACCAAUUUUACCAGCUAUCAACUGGCAGCCUCUCUCUCAAAUUUCCUUAGUGACCCCACAUGAUAUUAAAGAAAAUCUUAGACAUCCAAUCAUUUUCAACCUUAAAAAUGUUAGCACAUGUGGUUAGAAAACAUUUAAAAGAAACA